AGCCAUCGACGGAGGCGAUAUCGAAGACGAAGACGAAGCUUUGCUUGGAGGGGCGGAAGCAAGAGCAGUGUCGCCCUCGUCCCCUUUGUGAUUUUGUUGCUGACCUAGUAUAGUUCAGCUACAUGUUAUGUUGUCGGAUUUGUAAGUGUUAGGAUUGAAAGUUAGAGGAGAAGGGAGGAGACGGGAUAGACAGAGGAGGGAGAGAGAGAGAGAGAGAGAGAGAGAGAGAGAGGGGUUGCGUGCGGGAGAAUUGGAGAAAGGGUUGAGAGAUUAGUGCGCGAAGAGAUUGAGCAAGAUGGCGGCACAGCAUGGACAGAUCAACGUGAUGCUGGCGAUACAUGCGAAGAGAACGACGGCAGUGGAUAUGCAGAAGCCGCUGCGGAAUUAUAUCGUGCAGCACUACUCGGAGCGGGAGGCACAGGAUAUGGAGGAGGAUAUUGAGGAAGUGAAUAGGAUGCGGAGCGAGGUGGAGCGAUCAACGGAUGCUCUUGAGGCGAGGCGGGACUUGUUGCAGCGUUACUUUCGAGCGUUGUCAGUGAUGGAGUCGAGGUUUCCGAUCAGCAGUGAGCGGGAGCACAUAAACACGCUCCAUUUUACGUGGUAUGAUGCGUUUAGGCAAGGGAGGAAAGGAACGCAGCAGAACAUCCAUUUUGAGAAGGCCGCAAUUGCAUUUAAUCUUGGUGCUGUGCAGUCGCAGAUCGCCUUGUCCGCGGACCGGACAACGCCGACGGGCUUGAAGCAGGCGUGUGGCGCUUUCCAGGCCGCCGCUGGCGUGUUUGCAUUUCUUAGGGAUAAUAUAUCUAUGAAGGCUGCGGGGACAGGGAACAAUUCGACCAUUGAUAUUUCAGUGGAGUGUGCUGGUAUGCUUGAGCGGCUCAUGCUGGCUCAAGCUCAGGAAUGUUUUUUUGAAAAGGUCGUGGCAGAUAACAAACCCUCCCUCUGCUCGAAGGUAGCGAAGCAGGUUGGGUCUUUCUACGAAGAGGCAUAUGCUGCCUUGGUGCUUCCUCCUUUGAAUCAGCACAUGGACAGGACGUGGGUUGCUCAUGUCCAGCUGAAGGCAGCUCAAUUCAAUGCGGAAGCAUGCUACCGAGCUGCCCUUGAUUUACAUGAAAAAGAGAAUAUACCGGAGGAGAUUGCGCGAUUGAAAGCGGGAAGCAGUCUCAUUGCAGAAGCUCGGAAGCAGUCAAAGGGUGCUGCGGUGGGCCCUCUUCAGGAUGUAGUUGCGAAACUGGAAACAAACAUUAUUCGCAAUCUCGAGCGGGCAAACAAAGAGAAUGAUAGAGUGUACCUUAUGCGUGUGCCUACCCCUGACAGCCUUCCUCCACUGACUGGCGCUGCACUCGCUAAAUCAACUCCUGCAGCAGAUGUUUUGGACGCUAGUAAGGAGAAGAUGUUUGCUGGGCUUGUACCUGACUCGAGUGCCAAGGCGCUCUCGAAGUAUACAGAAAUGGUUGAUGACAUUAUUAGAACGCAAGCGGAGAAGCUGCAGCAAGAGAGUGAGAUUAUGCGGGUGAGACUGAAAGAGAUGGACUUGCCUGAUUCCCUACGUUCAUUGGAAGGGUCGGCUACUCUUCCAGAUGAUCUUCGGGAUGAUGUAGAGGCUGUUCAGAUAGAUGGUGGCCCUUCCGGCCUCGAAGCCGAAAUGAGGCAGUUACGAGACUUGCGCCGCGUGAAUGAGGAAUUGCUGGCUCAAACUGAGGACCAAUUGGAGAAAGAGGCUAGAGAGGAUGCUCAAAUUAGGGCACAAUUUGGAACCAGAUGGACGCGACCGCAGUCUAGUACACUCACAAAGACGUUGCAUGAUCGGGCUAAUGGGUUUGCUGCCAAUUUAAAACAGGCGGGUGAUAGUGACGCUCGAAUUGAGCGCACGAUUCGUGACAACAUGCAGAUCAUGAGCAUUCUGGAUGCGAAGCCGAUUGAGUCCGCCUUACCUACUUUGGGUCGACCAAUGUUGUCUCUGGAUGGGAAUGAGGAUCAGAUUGUUGGAGCAUUGCGACAGAGGCUGACGGAGCUGGAACAGUGUGCGUCACAAAGAGCUGGAUUAGAAGAUAUGCUCAAAGAAAUGAGGAGAAAGGAUAAUAUCCUUCCAAAGUUGAUGACUACGUCUGGAUCCUAUGAAGAUCUUUUCAAGAAAGAGCUUAGUAAAUAUGACUUAGUUUCUCAAGAAGUUUUCCGAAAUAUUGAGAAUCAAGAGCGCUUAUUUCAGCAAAUCAAAAUGCAUAAUGAAGCUUUUUCUGCUAUUUUUAACCUCGAAGAUUUUAAAUCUCAAAAAGAAAAGGCUUACCACCAAGUUCAAGCAGCAGUUCAGAAGUACAGGGAAAUUCGUGAAAACAUCAAUGAGGGGUUGAAAUUCUAUGUGACCUUGCAGGAUGCAAUCACGAAUUUGAAACAACAGUGCAGUGACUAUGUGAUGACCCGGAGCAUACAGUGUCGUGAGAUGAUGGAUGACCUGCAACGGCAAAUUGCAGGGCUUUCGUUCACGAACGAUAAUAGACCUGCCCGCACAUAUCCGUCUGUAGGAGCAUCUGCUCCAGCACCACCCGCUUCACAUGGCCAAGAUUCUUCUUACUAUCAUCCUGCUCCCACCGGCUCUGCUCCAGGUUACGCCGGACAGCUGCCAGCACGACCUCCUUACUAUGCAGGGCAAAAUCAGCCUGGAAUGCCCCCUCCUCCAUAUUAUUCGCAGCCCCCUGCUCCUCCACAACCCCCACAUCAAGCACAUAUUUACAGUCAACCUCCAUAUCCAGGUUGGCAGGGGCAGUACUACAAUGGGCCACCUGCACCACAGGCUCCUCCCGGUUCUCAACCUGCGGCUUCAUCCCAGCCGCCAUACCAUGCUCCUCCGGCUGGAGGAUUUUUUAGUCAUUUUUACAAGCAGUGAGGAAUCUAAAGUUCCUGUGAAUAGAAGAAAGAGUUUUGUUUGGCGUCAAUGAGACAUCGCAUGCUGGUGCGGGUUUUCUUCGAUCAGCUAUUCUUUAUGCCAAGAGGCCCUUUGAGGUUUUGUGAAGGAAUCAUGCUGUUGUCGUCUGCGGUUUCCGCACUCUUUCAAGUGCAACAUGGGGUGCGUGCUUAGUGAUAAAAAGAAACACAAUGUAUAUCUGUGUGAAUUGCUUUGUUAUUCAUUCUUAGUCCAGCUGCUUUGAGUGUUUAAAAUCAUGUAAAGGAAAGGAGUAGGGUUUAAGGCAUCUGGUUACAGAGGGCAACACAACGCAACCCAUGAAUGAAUUGUGGUAUAUGUUGUCAAAGUGGGAUGUCAAAUUUUUAAUUAAAUUGCCGUCUGCACACAAUUAUCUAUCUUAUGAAAUUGUGAUGUGUCGUAAUAAAGACUUGUCAUCAUGUCUAA